UGUGUGUAUGUGUGUCACUAGAUGCGCGCGAGCAAAAGAGACGCAUAGUAAUCCAGAUAGAUGUGUUAUGCGGAAUAAAUGCAAGGUGGGGAUAAAAUCCGACUAAAAUAUCAUUUCGACAUGGAAAACAAUGACAUCGUUAAUUAUCAUCAAACCAUUUUCAUCAUCAGCAAGUGCUGCAAUUAAGUUUUAUCUGCGCCAAUAAAGUUUUUAAUUGGUGAAAUAUAAUGGAAAACAAAUAUAUAGUGGUAUGCCUCCAUCAUCGACCUGAUUUAAUCAGAGACUGUUGUAAAUUACUUAAUUCUGAAUGGCCUCGAAGUGAAACUGCACGAAUAAAGUCUCUAAAUGUCUCCUGUGAUGAAUUUCCUACGUGUUUAGUUUUAAUUAACAAUGAGAACAAAGUUCUCGGUCAUUGUAAAAUAUCUCUGGUAGCUCGAUCAAAAGUUAGUUGUUUCAUAGAAUCUGUUGUAAUCGACUACCGAUAUAGAUCCCAAGGAUUAGGAUCUAGAUUGUUGCAUGACAUGGAAGAGUACGUAGCAAAGAAGGGUUUGAAAAACAUUUACCUCAAAACAGAUGGUCAAGAAGUGUUUUAUUAUAAGAAUGGAUACAAAGUGUGCGAUCCGUUCAAAGCGUACGGUAUUAAUGAUAUCAUAACUAUUAGCCCGCCUCUAGGCAGGACAAAAUUCAAAGAACAAAAUAGUGAUCAAUAUACAGGAUACCCGCCACCACCGCCACCACCUCCAAUGCCUAUGUUUCAAUUAUCCCAAUUCUUUGACAUGCGUAUGCAGUCGCGAAAAACGCACAUGGUAAAAAACUUGUGAUACUAGUAUUACAUUGAAGUAUCUACAUUUCUCACUCUUGCUUCACUUUAAGAGCGUUCAUAUAGAUUAAAAAUUAGCGCUUAGAAAGCAAACACAGUUAUAAAAUAAGAACAAAACAAAAAGAAACAAAAUAACUCAUAAAAUAAAUUAAAAUUAAUGAAGAGCAUGGUUUAUCAUAGUUUAGUGAAGGAUUUGAGCGCAUUUUUUUAGGAACUUGUAUCAAAAUCAUUAUCACGCAUCAGAGCUAUAAAUCAUCUUUCAAUGUUUGAAAUUGUUUGUGAAUAAGUAUGCAUUUAAUUUUUUCAGUUUGACAUGAUAUAAACAAUAUUGCGAAUAUUCUGUUAAUAUAGUUUUAGAAUUCAUGGAAUAAUGUAGACUUAUCUUUAUAUAAUUUUCAGCUUUGAAAGAUAAAUAUAGCUAGUUUUUAAUUUUUACUUAAAGAUGAUUAGCAAGCAGAUUUGUUCUUAGCUUUUUUAUGUAUUUUGUCUUCCAAAUCCUAUUACGCUUCUAUUUAUUUCUGAUAGUUUUGUGUUGUUUUUCUGAGGAAAACAAGAAUAUUGUUAUUUAUUUGUUUAUAUCAUCA